AUGGCUCUGAGUGGUUGGCCGGAGGCUCGCAUGACGGCGGGCUCCGACCUGUCCAGCAACCCGGCGGCUGCGGUGGUCGGCCUGUCCGACCGCACGGCGAGGAGGCGGGGCAGGAAGCCCGGGCCCCGGUCCGACAACCCCGGAAUCAGCCAUGUGGAGGCCGAGCGGCAGCGGCGGGAGAAGCUCAACCGCCGGUUCUGCGACCUCCGGGCCGCGGUGGCCACGGUGUCCCGGAUGGACAAGGCGUCCCUGCUCGCCGACGCCGCCGCCUACAUCGCCGAGCUGCGCGGUCGCGUGGAGCAGCUGGAGGCCGAGGCCAAGCAGCAGGUCGCGGCGAGGAAGCUGGGCGGCAACCCCGCCAUGUGCCCAGCCUCUGGGGGGUUCGAGGAGAAGCUGGAGGUGCGGAUGGUCGGGCGCCAUGGGGCGGCGGUGCGCCUGACGACGGCCUCGACACGCCACGCCCCCGCGCUCCUCAUGGGCGCGCUGCGGUCGCUGGACCUGCCCGUGCAGAAUGCGUGCGUGAGUCGCGUGGGAGGCUCAGCCACGGUGCAGGACGUGCCCGCCGCGCUGCAGGACGAAGGCUGCCUCCGCGCCGCGCUGCGCCGCUGCUCCACGUCCUGCAGCAGGACGAGAUGA